AUGUUGACUGAACCUGAUGGUCUCAUUUUGAAGUUUCGAGUAUAUGCUGGGAGCCAAGACCAUGAUGUUGCUGGAAAAGGGCACGCCGAAAAGGUUGUAAUGCAAUUGAUGGAGGAGAAACUUCACAAUGGACACUCAUUAUAUAUGGAUAACUAUUAUAAUAGUUUCCACUUGGCUAAACGUCUUUUACAUAAUAAGACUUACUGUAGUGGAACUUUAAGAAAGGAUUUGAAAGAAAAUCCAAAGGAUGUGGUUCAAAAAACGCUAAAAAAAGGCGAUAACAUUUCAAGGUUUCGAGAAUGUGUGCACAUCGGAAAAUGGAAAGAUAAGCGCCCAGUGAUGUACGUCACCACGGAAUAUGACGAUAUAAGGAUACCAGUUGCUAAUAAGCGUGGCCAAAUUAAUGAAAAACCUGCAACUAUUGCCAAAUAUAAUGAGUUUAUGUCAGGAGUUGACCGACAAGACCAACUGCUCGCAUUUUAUCCGUGCGAAAGAAAAACUCUUCGCUGGUAUCUCAAGUUAGCCAUCCACACCUUUCAACUACUAUUUAUAAACUCUUAUAAAAUGUACAACAAAUAUUCUGGAAAACCUAAAAUGACACUCUACGAUUAUCGCUUAGCUGUGAUAAAUGAGCUUUUACCUGAAAAAAAAUACUGCAGUGUCUGUUCCAACCGGCCCAAGCAGAGCGAAAACGAGCAGAGAAGUGCCACACAAAAUCAGUAA